AUGAGUCUGGACGAGGACGCCCGCUGGCUGGAGUGGGUCACCAAACAGUUUGAGAGCAUCGCUGGAGACGACAAAGAGAUCGACAUCAACGAGUUCAAGACGGCGCUGAAGGUCAAAGAGUCUUUCUUCGCCGAGCGUUUCUUCGCUCUCUUCGACUCCGACGGCAGCAGCUCCAUCAGUCUGGACGAGCUGCUGGAGGCUCUAGAACUCCUGAUCCACGGCACCGAGACCGACAAACUCAAGUUCCUGUUCCAGGUCUACGAUGUGGACGGCAGCGGCUCCAUCGACCCCGACGAGCUGCGGACCGUCCUGAAGUCAUGUCUGCGUGAGAGCGCCAUCUCUCUGCCGGAGGAGAAGCUGGAUGACCUGACGCUGGCGCUGUUUGAGUCGGCCGAUAAAGACAACAGUGGAGCCAUCACCUUUGAGGAGCUGAAGGCAGAGCUGGAGAACUUUCCAGAAGUCAUGGAGAACCUCACCAUCAGUGCAGCGAACUGGUUGAAGCCCCCCGACAUGGACCAGAAGAAGCGCCAUGCCCCUCGCUACCUGACCCGGGCGUACUGGCACAAUAACAGCCGGAAGCUUCUGUUUCUGUGUCUGUACGCCGUCCUCAGCCUGCUGCUCUUCAUCGGCGCCAUGCUGCAGCACCAACACGGCGGCGCCUGGUUCAUGGUGGCCAAAGGCUGCGGCCAGUGUCUGAACUUCAACUGCACCUUCGUCAUGGUGCUGAUGCUGCGGCGCUGUCUCACCUGGCUAAGGGCUACCUGGGUGGUCCGGGUCCUUCCUCUGGACCAGAACAUCCUCCUUCAUCAGAUCGUGGGCUACGCCAUCCUCUGCUACACACUACUGCACACGACCGCACACGUCUGCAACUUUGUGCAGCUGUCUCAGAGCGGGGAGUUCAGUCUCUGGGAGUACCUGCUGACCACGCGGCCUGGGAUUGGCUGGAUAAAGGGGACGGCGUCGGUGACCGGCGUGGUCCUGCAGGUGGUGAUCUGUCUGAUGGUGCUCUGCUCCAGCACAUUCGUACGCCGCAGCGGACACUUCGAGGUGUUUUACUGGUCUCACCUGUCCUACGUGUGGGUGUGGUCUCUGCUCGUGGUCCACUGUGCAAACUUCUGGAAGUGGUUUGUGGUUCCUGGUCUGCUUUUCCUGCUGGAGAAGAUCAUCGGGAUCGCCGUGUCUCGUAUGGGCGGGCUCUACAUCGUGGAGGUCAACCUGCUGCCGUCCAAGGUGACCCACCUGGUGAUCAAGCGUCCUCAGUUCUUCCAUUUCAAACCUGGAGAUUACGUCUACAUCAACAUCCCCGUCAUCGCCAAGUACGAGUGGCACCCGUUCACCAUCAGCAGCGCCCCGGAGCAGUCAGACUCUCUCUGGCUUCACAUCCGCUCCAUGGGUCAGUGGACCAACCGUCUAUAUGAAUACUUCAGAGAGCCAGAGAAGGAGACGGUCAGCCCCAAGAGGCUCGCCACGAGUCUGAGGAACCGCCGCCAGCUGCUCAGAGCCCAGGAGGAUUUGUUCAGCUCAUCAGACGGUGGCGCUGUAGCGUCUAACGAGGAUGACGCCGUUGAGCUGAUGAUGUACCGUCAGAACGGCUCGCUAACAGACAUCACCCCGCCAUCAGCACCGGGAUCCCUGGGACAGGCGGAGCCUCAGGAUGAGCUGGGGCCAGCUGAGAGAGGAGAGGCUCCUCCCACCAGAGAGGUUUCUGCCAAGUUUGGAGAGAAUCAUCGAUUCUGUAACAUCAAGUGUUAUGUAGACGGUCCGUACGGGACUCCAACGCGACAGAUUUUUGCCUCCGAGCACGCCGUUCUGAUUGGAGCCGGUAUCGGGAUCACGCCGUUCGCCUCCAUCCUGCAGAGCAUCAUGUACAGGUACCGGCGGAGGAAGCAGAACUGUCCCAGCUGUAACUACUCCUGGUGUGAAAACAUCAAGGACAGCGAGAUGAAGCUACGGAAGGUGGACUUUAUCUGGAUCAACAGAGACCAGAAGUCCUUCGAGUGGUUCGUCAGCUUACUGACCAAACUGGAGAUGGACCAGGCCGACGAGGAGCCUGAAGGACGCUUCCUAGAGAUGCACAUGUACAUGACAUCAGCGCUCAGUAAGAAUGACAUGAAGGCCAUUGGCCUGCAGAUGGCGCUGGACCUGCUGGCCAAGAAGGAGAAGAGAGACUCCAUCACCGGACUGAGGACGAGGACUCAGCCUGGCAGACCUGAGUGGGGGAAGGUGUUCCAGAAAGUGUCGGAGGAGAAUAAAGGGAAAGUCCAUGUGUUUUACUGCGGCUCUCCGGCUCUGGCUAAAGUCAUCAAAGCUCAGUGUGAACACUUCGGCUUUAACUUCUACAAGGAGAACUUCUGAGCAUGUGCAGUGGCGGUCUGGCUGCUCAGUCACUGAGCUUCUCUUCGUGUACAUAAACGUUCCAGUGUGCUUCGACUGUAAAUAUUGUAAAUCACGUUUCCUCUCUCACUGCUGAAGAUAAAGAUGCCACUCCUUUAUCCAUUUUUUGCCACUUUUUAACCCAUUUUCUCCUCUUUUCCUGUCAAGUGAUUUUU